UAUAUUGGGAGAGAGAUAGACGAAUUGGCGAAGAUAUUAACGAAUACUUUUCGAUGGAGGGACAGACAGACGAACUGGCAAAUAUAUUGACUAUGUCAUCUCGAUAGAGGGCCGUUAAAACCGUUGAUAUUCUGUUAAAAACUAAGAACAACAAAAAGCAAGUGAAAAGCUGUUCUGAGGGAAAAUGUGCUACUCUACUUCGGAUACCAAAAAGCGACAAAUAUUUUUAGCCUGUUUGCAUAAAAUCUAUGCACAAUUGUUUUUAUGACGUCAUCGAUGACAUCACGUUACGUCACGCCCUUGCCUCCUGUGACAGGUCAUCCAAGUUUGAUUAUCAAACAAUGUAUCUGGUAAGAGGUAUAUACCGGACGUUAUUUUGGUGGCGUCAUCGCUAGAGUCCCCCUUACGUUAGAACAAGCAAAGACUUCUGGAAUGCUUUACCUUUGUCAUAAAUGGAUUUGACGAAUUUUUAAGGCUGUUACAAAUCCUGUUGAUGUUUGAUACAAAUCCGGUUGUUAAACGUUGCUACAAAACCGGUUGAUCUUUGCUACAUAUCCCGUUGAUUGUUACAAAUGCGGGUAAUACAACAACUCCCACACGAUCUCAGAUUAACCAAACUCAAACGCCGCGUUCUUUAAUCUCAAAUCCAGUGGCCCGCUACUAUAUGCAUGUGCGGUCACGCAACCAACGCAGUACAGACAAGGGUGACAAGUUUUCGGCCCUGUGGAAGUACUUCCGCUACUGCUGAGCGGAUAACUGCAGAGGCCAUUCGGCCGAAGCAUCUAUCAAAUCACAUAGCAAGACUUCCUGUCAUAGCGUAUUUAUUCGCGGGUAAAAUUAGAGACAAAACAAGACCACUAAAGAUGAGGACGGCAUUCAUCUUGACGCUUCUGUUAACAGUUGGCCACUGCCUGAAAGCUCCUUGUGCGUCACCGGGGAAUCUGAAAAAUGGAAAAGUUCACGGACGGGACUUCCGGCAUCGUAAGCGAGUCUCCUUCUCCUGUAACCGGGGAUUUAGACUCAUCGGUGAGACAUCAAUCACGUGUUAUAAUGGCCAAUGGAGAAACGCCCCUCCCACGUGUACAUCCGGGUGUACGAACCCGGGGAAACCUCGCAAUGGUUAUCGUCAUGGUAACGACUUCUCAGACGGCAUGACUGUUAGCUUCUCGUGUCGCGUUGGCCUGGAUCUGAUUGGUCGAGAACGAAUCACGUGCUCUGGAGGAACGUGGAAUGGAAGAAAACCAAAAUGCAAGCGACGUUGCUGGGUUCCUAAGCCACCUCUUCGUGGUCAGAUACUGAGCAAAUCAGGCAAAGACUAUGUUAAGCACGGAGAGCAAAUCCGGAUUCAAUGCAACAGCGGUACCGACGCUUUUGGUCCUUCACAGAGUCAGUGCAAAGAUGGCAGAUGGAGUCCAAAUUUCCCUUUGCACAACAUUUGCAAAGCGCAAUGUAUUCUACGAAGUCUCAUUUCAAAUGGCGUGGCUCGAGUUCGUGACGGCACCUCAAUUAGAUACAGCUGUAACCCUGGUUAUACUCGAAGUGGCCCGGGGCGAGCAUCUUGCGAUGACGGGACAUGGACCCCCCGACCACCCACGUGCGAAGACUUUUCGCCAUGCGGUGAAAGCCAAACAAAUCUCCGCGCGAGGAUCGUGGGAGGGAACGAGGCGGGGCAUGGCACGUGGCCGUGGCAAGUUGGGAUUUACAAGCUUGACAAAGAAACUGGUAUAUGGACGCUGACGUGCGGUGGCACGCUUAUCAAAGGAGACUGGGUACUAACUGCAGCGCAUUGCUUCUUUGGGAUCAACAAAUUUACAAAGAAAUUAGCAAAAGACAUUUUGACUCCUGAAAUUUAUAAACUUAGACUUGGCGAUAACCAUCUUCAAAUAACAGAUCCUACACAACAAGACAUCUUAGCCAAAGACAUUAUUCUUCAUCCAAACUUCAUAAGCCUACAGACGUUUUACAACGACAUUGCCCUUGUCAAGCUAAGGACCAGAGUCAAACUUGGGCCAUCCGUCCGCACCAUCUGCUUGCCUCACAAGGGCGAGGCCUUACUCAGCCCUGGAAAGUACGGUUUCGUGGCGGGAUGGGGGUCGACAGAAAAGCUAGAUCCGGGACAACUACCACGUGGUCAUAAAAAGACGUCAAGGGUACUACGUCACACGGCAUUCACAGUUCAGCCAGACAGGAUCUGCCGGGACUCUACAUCUUACCAUUUUAACGCGAAUAUUACGUUUUGUGCGGGGGAGGGUAAGGGUGGUAAUGACACCUGUCGAGGGGAUAGUGGGGGGAGUUUUGUCCGCGAGGUUCGUAGGGAGGGCAAGUAUCGAUGGGUGUCAGCGGGUAUUGUAAGCUGGGGGGAGGGGUGCGGUAUUAAAGGCAAAUAUGGGUUUUACACUAGAGUAGAGUCCUAUCUCAGUUGGAUUAACAGCACAAUUCAGACACACAAGGGACGCACAAUGCUAUUAUAGGGAUCCAAAAUGGCCGCCGAGAAGGGGGAAAACGCUUGCUUUUCAAAGUCUACUUACUACAUUGUCAUAUGCCUUUGAAUUUCUGAAUCCUUUUAGUCACUGAGAAAAAACAGUUUCUUACUAGCCUUGUAUUUUCUCUUAUUCUCGGGUUAUUUUGAACUGUCUGUCUCAUAUAUACGACUUUUAUAAUCUCGGGUCGCGGUGCAAUAAAAAGGUUUUUUUUAUUUGGGAAUAGAUGGAGUGCGUUUACUUGACUGGAAGACUUCUCGUUUGUCUAAAUUUAGUGCACUAUAUUCCCUUACAACAACAACGACAUGUGAAUUCAAGGAUAGAUGAUUUAGAUUCACCGACCCAUCACUCCCUAGUACAGAUACACGUACUUUACCUAAACACUAACAGCACAACCAUCGAUGCUACAGCGAAUCACUAAAUCAUUAAAAGGGAAUACUUCAAAGACCAAAAUUGUUUCGCCGACGUUCAAAUAAAGACGAUUUCGAGGCA